UUAUUCUGCACAUGUUUGGCUUUGGCCAUGUUUGACCUGUUUCUCGGGUUUUCAGACGAGAAUUUGCUGAGAUCCACGGCUAAAUAAUUACGGUUUUUCAGUUGAAGUAGGAUUAAAAACUUCUUCAGAAAAUUUUUCCUCGUGUUGUCGUUAGUUCGUUACUUCACUCAACAGUCAACACAAUGAGGCAAGCAUUCCAUCCAGGGCCAAUAAGAAGAUCUGUAGGCCUGCCUGGAUGUUACAGGCCAUUGGAUGUCUAUGGCCCUAGAUUUGAUGGAUCAGCUAAUCAUGAAAUAUGCAAUGCUAGAACGGGAUACUGUGCACCCACAAGUCUUUCCAAUGAAAUGAGAUCGUCUAAUCUGUUUUACAGACUUCAUGUUAGUGGUCUCCAUUUUGAUACAACAGAGGAGGGUUUAAGACAUAUCUUUAGCAACUAUGGAAAUCCCAUGUCUGUGUCAAUGAUCAGGAGUAGGAAUCAACAACUCACUGCCUUUGUGGAAUUUGAAUCCCAAUAUGAGGCGGAUAAUGCUAUUAUGGGACUGCAUUUAAAACCUCCUCUGAAUUGGGAGGUGAAUUACACUCGCUCAAAUGAUGAAGUUCCGAAUCACUGUCGGCGUUUCCCAUCUCCUACAAUGACAUCGGGAAGACAGCCCCUUAUGUAUUCGGACAUGGGGUUGCACUCCUCAAACUCCAGGCAAUCUCCUCGUUUUAUCGAAAUGAGAGGAACCGAUUCUUCUAUGGCAGUUAUCCGCCCUAUUAGGAAUAACUCAAUGACUCCAGAAUUCCCGACCUGUUCUGUAUGCAGUAUAGAAGCGUUGCUCGUGUGCACGAUUUGCAAGACCCGAUACUGCUCACCAAGAUGCCAGAGAAGUGAUUGGCCUUCUCAUCAAUCAAUUUGCAAACCAAUACCGGACCUAGUUACGGAACUGCCAGAUGCGUUUUAUAUGAAUGGGAUUGGCUCUACAACUCUCCGAAGUUAUCCGAACAUGCAAAACGGAAGAACGUCAGUUGCCAUUCAGCAGUCUCAUGACACUUCCUCCGAAGAAUUCGUAAGUCAGCAUCAAAAUAACGAUACAAUUGAAGAUUCCUGCCCCUAUACGUACUUAAUUAAGGGUACACGCUCUCAAAACCAAAAGGAAGGAUCAAAUCAAUUGUUGUCCGUGACGGUACAUCGCAAUCUUGAAAAUGGGUCUUCAACGAAAAUGUGCCUGCCAGAAGUGAGAAGCGUCCAGUCGGUUUCAAAUACCAUUAAUCCCACUCCACAAGGAAGCUCUUUGCGUAGCCCCGAAUGGAAAACUAACUCUUCACAAUGCAAGUUGGAAAUCAGUGGUGCCACAUCGUCUGUUAGUAAUGGAGCACCUUUUCAAAACAACCCAUCAAACGAGCGUCAGCGUGAAGCUCACUGGGGAUUGCCAGCCGUAUCCAAGCCUCGCAAUUUGCCUUUGACAAUUUAUUGUCCGGAGACACCCGAUUCACCACCUUCUCACAUGGCAUCACAAAUCCAAUCUACUGAUGCAAUCAAGCUCUACGCUGCGAAAUUUUCUUCCAAGCAGUUGGAAAAACCACUAGACAAGCGUAACAAAGUGGUUGUUUGCUCAGCCAAAUCACCGGACGAGCUUUGGGUCCAGUACGUUUGUUACAGAGAAGAGUUGGAAAAGGUGAUGAGGAACGUUGCGGUGUCUUCUCCUGAUUCUGACCCCGUAAUUAAUCCAGUGGAAGGACGGCCAUGUGUCGCUGUUUUCCCUGAAGACAGCAGUUGGUACCGAGCUCAAAUAUUGAAAGUACUGCCAGGCAAGAUUAAGAUCCGCUACGUCGAUUUUGGAAAUACCAUAUCAAUGCCCAACACUCCUGAAUCCCUUAGGAAGAUGGAACAUCACAUUAGCGAACCUCCAUUUUAUGCCACUAAGGUCAAAUUGGCUGAUGUUCUUCCAUUGAACGGUACCAGUUGGGAACCAGACGUUAGACUCAAGUUCAAAGAAUUGGUGGAAAACCAACCCUUCUUGAUGGAAGUGGUCCAGAUGGAUGCCGGUGUCAUGUGUGUUCGACUUAAGGAUCAAAAUGGAUUGAAUUUGAGCACACGUUUGCUGCAGGAAGAUCUCGUAAGAAAAGCGACAGUGGAAAUUUCAGAUGAAUUGGAUCGAAUUCCUUCGGUGGUCGAAAUUCCUCCCAAAUCAACUGCUCAACAACUCAGUGUUCAAAAGCCUCCGAUUUGUUCUCAAAUUCCAAACGAGAACGUUGCCACCGAAAUUAAUAAUAUUUUUCAAAUUACUUCAAGAUUGAAUGGCUUUCGUUUCAAGAAAUUGAUUUGUGCAAGUGCCCCAUCUUGUGAAGUGAAAAGCGAGAUAGUGUCUUCUGUGGUGCCAUCCGUCAAAUCCAAAGAUGAGGUAGUUCCGGAAAAAUCAAGCGAUAUUCUGCAGCAACCCAGCAGUAAUGUUUUCCCAACGAAUAAAAGUGAAAAUUCUUCUCCUAAUGCUGUCUCUGGACCCAACAAGGUCGAAGGAACUUCAAAUGCCAACACAGCUAGUGAAAUUUUCUACAGUGAUGGCCCAUUCUUGGAUUUACCUGAAAGCGGAAGUUUUCGAGCCCUGAUCAUUAAAGUCGAAGAUCCUAAGCGUAUAUAUCUGCGUGUCACUAGCGAAGAGAUAUCAACAAAACUGGCCCAAUUAGAGGAUGCUAUGGUAGCUUACGCAAAUGAUUUGGGAGGUAGUCAUUGUCCCAAGAAAAAUGAAGUCUGCAUCGUUCGGUUCCCUAAUGGCCAGUGGUACAGAGCCUAUUGCGCUGGUUUGGAUUCCGAUGGCAAUCGCUACAUAUUCCAACAAGUUGAUUACGGCGAGAAGCACACCGUUGUCGCUAGCGAUAUCCGCUGCAUUUCGAAAUCUCUAGUUAACUUUCUGCCGUUUUUGGCCCAUCUUGUCAUUCUUAAAGGAACGGAAUCAAUGGAUGAAAUUGAACCUAAGCUCGUUAAUCGACUCAAGAAGCUUCUGCAUGAAAACACUGUUCAUGAUGUUGUCGUCGUUAGUUGUGACGAAAGGUCUUACAUAGUCCAGAUCCCUUUGAUCAAUCAAACACUGUCUUUUGAAGGUUUAAUUUAAUUUGGAAUGCUCAAAAAUGUAAGAGAAUUGUUGACGCACUCGUCUUCGCAUGAUAAUUCAAUUUUGACUUUUGUUUUCAAACGGCUUUAUUGCUUGAUGAGGAAAUUUUUUUCAAUUUCUCAAUGUUCUUGAACAAGUUUAUUGUUUGGUUUGUUCUACUGAUAUUGUGAACUACCAAAAAGAAAUGUUUGUUUUCUGUUCUGUUUGUCUAAAUUUGCAAUUUUGUUGCGAUUAAUCUGAUAUGGGGAAAUCGGAACUUUUUCUUUUUGUCAAUCAAGAAAUACAGAUGAUUUUGUUAACUA